AUGCGACUUCGGAGGCAGAUUUUGAGAAGGGAACUCACGGGAUGUCUCCAUCUAUUGUUUUAUCAGUUCCAACCUCGAGUUUGCUUUCAGAUGGGUUCUGCUGCGUACUACAGUAUCCUUGGUACCUUCAUCUGCACCGGCAUUCUCCUCGGGACCACAUUUUUCGUUGUGUUGAAUAUUGUCAGCGAUAUUGGCGAGUUCCGCUCACAGGUCGAAGAGGAUAUAAGUCAGUUCAAGACCUACGCCGACGAUGCAUGGGCUGUGAUGAUGAUCAAGAACAAGGUUCCGUCAGCUCAACGUUACCUUUAUGACUCCAUUGUCCGUAUCAAAAGACAAGGAUCAUAUGCGGGAGGUUUCGAGUCUGUCAGUGGUACUGUUGAACUUGGCGGCGGCUGUCAGUGCGCAGCACAAGCUUCAGGCUGCCCAUCGGGACCACGUGGACCUCCUGGACUUGCUGGAAUACCAGGAGAAGACGGCACUCCUGGAUAUCCUGGCGCACCAGGUGGUGCGGGUGCUUCCAGCUCUUCAUUCCAUUCAUCAGGUUGCAUUCAAUGCCCCGCUGGACCUCCUGGAGCACCAGGGCCAAAUGGAGCACCCGGUCCAGCUGGAGCCCCAGGAAAUCCUGGCCAAGAUGGACAAGGUGGCGGAGCAGGAUACCCAGGACCAGCUGGACCCGCAGGAGCACCCGGAGCCAAUGGAAACCCCGGCAGACCAGGACAAGACGGAGCGCCUGGAGCUCCAGGAACACGAUCGAAUAGCUAUCCUGGUCCAGCUGGUGCACCAGGACCACAAGGAGCCCCUGGAACACCCGGUCAACCUGGCGGCAGCUAUGGCUCUGGAGCACCAGGACCAGCCGGACCACCUGGUCGUCCUGGCAACCCUGGAAGAUCUGGAAGCCCAGGAGCACCUGGACAACCUGGUGCAAAUGGAGCUCCUGGAUCAGAUGCCGCUUACUGCCCCUGUCCAAGAAGAUCACGUAGUUAA